AUGCUAAGUCAGCACACAAGCUUAACACGGGAUGACGAACAUCUGCAUUCCACACACCCAAAUAGUGGUUCAGAAGUAAGAAAUGAUGCAGCGGUUCCAGAUCAACUUCUGACUCCUUUACAACCGUAUACCAUUUUAUUGAAGGAUGGGGAAACAAUAGCUACGAUGUAUCCCAUACCUGCGUAUCCUGAUUUAUUGCCGCUAGGACUUUUGAGCUUCCUUCUAGACGAAUUUAACAUGGAGGUGGAAAAGGGAGAUAGCUUCCCCUAUUACGAGACUUUAUCACUAGAAGAAUUCAAAAAUGUCUGGUUUCAUACCGAUGGUCAUGUUUGUAUUAUGGUGUUGGGCGAGAUACCAGAACUAGAUUACAGUAUGGAUACUGAAGCAGACGCGGAUGAUAACUAUGGAACUGAUGUAGAGACCAUGAAGCACACCACUCAAUAUAAGAGACGAAAAGAACGUCGAAAUUUGAAUCUUAGUAUACAAUGGGAGAAGCAAUGUCUAGGUAUAUUUGACCUCAAGCCAGCAUACCCUGGACGUUCGGCGCAUGUGGUCACGGGAACAUUUCUGGUGAAUGCUGGUAUUCGCGGUAAAGGUAUUGGAAAAACAUUAGUGGAAACAUUCAUAGAAUGGUCAAAGAAAUUAGGGUUUACAUCAUCUUUCUUCCCGCUAAUUUACGGAACGAACGUAGGAAUCAGAAGAAUUUUGGAAGGAUUGAACUUUAGACGGAUUGGAAAACUGCCUGAAGCGGGAAUUCUCAAGGGCUUUGAUGUGCCAGUAGAUUCGUUCAUGUAUGGUAAAGAGUUCACACAUAUUACAAAGAGUAUAGAUUUAUUACGAGAUCCUCAAAAGAGUAUUGAAAUUGGAAAAUAUGAACGAUUAAAGCAUUUUUUGGAAACAGGCAAAUAUCCUUUGCAUUGUGAUAGAAACGAAAAGGCCAGAUUAAGAGUACUUUCCAAGACUCAUUCAGUAUUAAAUGGUAAAUUGAUGACAAAAGGGAAAGAAAUCAUUUACGACACAGAUCAACAAAUCCAGAUUGCAUUAGAGAUACAUUUAGUAGAACAUUUAGGUAUCAAUAAAGUGACCUCUAAAAUAGGUGAGAAAUAUCAUUGGAGAGGAAUCAAGAGUACUGUUUCGGAGGUAAUCUCUCGGUGCCAGAAAUGCAAGAUGAGGUACAGAGACGGGACGGGGGUGAUUAUUGAACAAAAGAGAGCAGUUAAGCAGGCGCAUAUGCUACCGACACAACACAUAGAAACUAUUAAUAAGCCAAGAAAAAGCAAAAAGCACGAUAAUGCGUUAUUAGGACAAUCACUAAAUUUUCCCCAGAAUCUUAUUUCCAGUACGCUAAGUGGUGCGGAGGGGGAACCUACUCCACCAGACACUAAUAUUGUACAAACCACAUUCCAGAACACCGCCAAUAGUCCCAUUACUACCGCUGAGCCCAACCGAGCGGAUAAAAGAUCCGAGUAUCCUUCGCCAAUACAGAAUACGCCAUUAUUGGACGACGAACAGUCAAUGAAUUCUUUUAAUAGAUUUGUGGAGGAAGAAAACACAAGGAAAAGACGGAAAUACUUGGAUGUUGCUACCAACGGAAUCGUGCCCCAUUUAACGAAUAAUGAACCACAAACUCACGCGAACUCCGUUAACGAUGGUGAACAAGAUAUCAACCAUGCGGUUGCUGAUUUAGAUAGAAAUGAUCAUACUAUAAUGAACGAUGCUAUGCUAAGCCUAGAAGAUAACGUUAUGGCCGCUUUGGAAAUGGUUCAAAAGGAGCAGCAACAGAAGAUAGAUCAUGGAAAUGAAGAUGUGGCUGCUCAACGAAACGGUAUGAACAGCACUGAAGGGAAUGAUAAUACGGUCACUAAGAUUGUUAACGAUGUAUCUAAUACAUUUACAGAGCAUAGUUCUAAUAUCUACUAUUAA